UGGUGAAAUAAAAGAACCCGAUUCUCAGUUGUUCACGUUGUUUCAUAGCUAAGAUAUAUUCCAAUGAAAGAUUUAUUUAAACAUUGCUUUUUUUGUUUGUGGACGUUUAUGGGCUCUUGCUGCCAUGCUGUGGUUGGCCCCCGUAGAAUUUCUGGCUGGCUUUGUGAACGAAUACUUGCAGCCGUACAAAUAGCGUCCUACCGAAAAUUAGGCCAGUCGAAAAUUAGGGAAAAUCGUGCAAAUUUCAGCCUGGUGGCGUACGUUAGCAAGCUGGCAAGCUGGAUGUUGCUUGUACCAUGUGGAGAACGACAUGAAUGACUUGACGUCACUAAGUGGCCCAGGUUGGACGACGUCUACAUUGCGACUGGACGCCGUCUACAUGUACGUAGUACAUGUACAUGGCAUUGCGACUAACGUUAGCCGCAAACGUACCUCGCAAACCUGGGGUGGGCUAGUUGAGUUUAGCCUGUAGAUUGUGUCCUUGCUCUAUGAUCGAACUAAAGCCUACCUCAGUACCUGUAACAUCCAAAAGGCCUCACCAUAUUCCUGAUGUGACAGCAAACCAUUAAAAAUGCAGUCCAUCUUGAGUACCAUCUGUCUCUUUAGGCAGUGUGCAUGGAAAGUAUCAGCCCUACACAAACAUCCUCCCAGACUUCCUUCUUGUCGUCUGCACCAGUCCAGUCGAAUCAAUGAUUGCCUGCUUCGUGAUCAAGCUUACAUUGGAGGUUCCUGGGUGUCAAGUAACAAUUCAUUUCCUGUAAUUAACCCAGCCAAUGGGAUUGAAAUUACCAGUAUCCCAGAUCUUGGAGUUACAGAAACUACAGAUGCAAUCCAGGCUGCCUAUGAUGCAUUCCAAGGAUGGUCAGAGACAACUGCUAAGGAAAGGAGUGUAAUCCUAAGGCGAUGGUAUGAUCUCAUGAUUGAGAACCAGGAGGAAUUGGCCAAGAUUCUAACAGCUGAAAUGGGAAAACCUCUGGCGGAAGCUAAGGGAGAAAUCCUUUAUGCGGCGUCUUUCUUCGAUUGGUUUUCGGAAGAAGCCAAACGUUGCUAUGGGGAUGUCUUGCCAACCAUUGUGAAGAGCAAGCGCAUGAUGUUCUUAAAGCAGCCUGUGGGUGUGGCAGCUAUGAUAACACCGUGGAAUUUUCCAAGUGCUAUGAUCACACGUAAGGUGGGUGCUGCCUUGGCUGCUGGUUGCACUACAGUCGUCAAACCUGCCGAGGACACACCCCUAUCAGCUCUUGCAUUAAUACCAUUAGCUGAGGAAGCUGGUGUACCUCCUGGUGUUUUCAAUGUAGUAACUUGCUCCAGAGAUCAUGCUGCUGAAGUUGGCAAAGUUCUUUGUGAAAGUCCACUGGUUUCAAAGAUAUCCUUCACUGGAUCGACAGCUACUGGCAAGAUUCUCCUCCAGCAAGCUUCCAGCACAGUGAAACGGGUGUCGAUGGAGCUGGGUGGGAAUGCCCCUUUCAUUGUCUUUGAUUCUGCCAGUGUUGAUGCAGCAGUUGAUGGAGCUAUUGCUUGCAAAUUUCGUGGCAUGGGACAGACCUGUGUCUGUGCUAAUCGCAUCUAUGUGCAGGAUGGGAUCUACACAGAAUUCAGCCAGAAGCUGGCUGCAAAGAUUAGCAACCUUGUAAUUGGAGAUGGGAUGGAGUCAGGGGUGACACAAGGACCACUUAUUAAUGACAAAGCUGUUGAGAAAGUUGAAAGGCACAUUGAUGAUGCCAUAUCACGUGGGGCUAAAGUUCUCACUGGAGGAAAACGACAUAAACUUGGAAGGACUUUCUUUGAGCCUACUCUCUUGUUGGAUGUCUCCCAAGAUGCUUUGGUGUGCUCUGAGGAGACAUUUGGGCCCCUUGCUCCACUGAUAAGAUUUGAGACAGAGGCAGAAGUUGUAGCCCUUGCCAAUGCAUCUCCAUUUGGCCUGGCUAGUUACUUCUACUCCAACGACAUUGGUCAGAUCUGGCGAGUGGCUGAGAAGCUAGAAUCAGGCUUGGUUGGCAUCAAUGAGGGUCUUUUGUCCUCAGAGGCCGGAGCAUUUGGUGGUAUCAAGCAGUCAGGCCUUGGGAUAGAGGGCUCUAAAUAUGGAAUUAAUGAAUACCUGAACAUCAAGUAUGCCUGCUUUGGGGGCAUAUGAUCUCAGGCGUGUUCUCAUUACAAUGUUUGAGCUGCUCAAGUAGGGCGAGCAGUCAACUUAAGUUCAUCCUAAGUCAUCAUUACGUAUCAAGUAUAAUCACAAGCCUUUCAUCAGAUGAUCUCAAACAUAGACAGUCCUAAGUUAUGUAUAUGUAAUAGGUUUGCAUUAGCAUCAUGUAAAAUCUUUUUUAUGAGUGUGUAUGGUUUUGAAAGGAGGGGACUCAGAACCAUUUGUACGCACAAAAAGUGAUAUUUUACAUGGUACCACCACAAACCUACUACAUAACUUGCUACCUUCAUCAUGAAAAACUUCACAUCUCACAGGCAGUCCUGCGUUAUUGUUGUAAUAACAAUAUUUGUUAUUUUUAAUAAGGCAUGUGAUGAACUUGACUACAGUUCUUUCAAAAGUGUAUUAAUGGCAUUGGCAAAUCAUACAGAAAAUGCAGGAGUUUAUGUUUGAUGGCUCAGCUUUUUACUGUUCUCUGCUACACAAAGUCACCUGCAAGUGUACAAUUUUCCUUUUAGAAAUCCACAACAUCUCUAUUUGGCAUACCGUUUAUUUUUUAAACUCCAAUAUAGCUUUUUGUAAAUUUGUUCUCACUGUUAAUCAAAGAUUGUUGACAUACUAGUAUCGUAUAAAAUUCUGCUAUAGAUCUCUCUUGUGGGAUGCCAUCUUUGUAGGGAAAUUAGAAUUGUAUAUCCAGUGCCAUCAGGUGCAUGUGCGGAGUGUGUGAGAAGUAUUCUAUACACAUGCCCAUCUUGACCCAAAUAUCUUUAAAGCCUGACAUAGCUUAUGCACAUCACUUGACUUGACUAUUGACAUCACUUGACUUGACUAUUGACAUCACUUGACGUGACGUCAUUUGAGAGAGGCCUAUUGCAGCAUAGCUUCAACAGUUUGAUGAUAAAAGAUUAUGUGUGAUUGAAUUGCAAUAAGCAUCAUACUCACUUUGAUAACCAAGAGUUCGGAUUCUGGUUGUUGGGGUCAUGUAUUCUCUACAUAUGUAUUAUCUACAUACAUGUACAUGGCAUACAUUUUCAUUAUCAACAAUCAUGUUCUGGAGAUCUUAAAUUUGCAAACUUUGCCCAUGACAAUAGCUGACAGUGAAUUCCUUGGACAGAACUCUGCAAAGCAGCAGCAGCAGCAUGAAAACGUAUUACCUAAUAAAGGUUUGCAUGAAGCAAGCAAGUUUGUGAUUGGCCCACGUUACAUGGCCUUUGUGUAAGUCACACGACCGGAAAAGGACCAGAUCAUCCAUGUCCAGAACUCUUGAGAGAUUUUCUGUUACAUUGCACCAGGAUCAUGCAGUAUUUAAUUUUAAUUUGUUUCUAUGAAGCUAAAUUAUGAUGGCAAUAACUGAAAUAAAUGCUAUAAAGCAUUAAACCACCCUUCCCCCCCCCAAAAAAAAGGCUUUCCUGUGUCAUUGUAAUAAUCUUUGCAUAUAAGAUAUUGAACGUAACAGAGUCUCAGACGAUGUGGAAUAUUUGUGUUUUUCAGACCACACAAUUGUUCCAAGAGAACAUCAACAGCUAUAAGGUGUGCUGCGAUGGGAAUUCAUGUUCUAGCUCAAACUGCGACUUUAUUAUAUUGUCUAUUUACAUGUACGAAGUUUGCGCGGGGCCACCGUACAGAAAACCGGAUCGCUCCAGACUGUUCCGCGGCAUUUCAUUUUAGCGUCGUCGGUUACGUUUAAAUAACAUUACGCACGUGUUUUUGUACUGGCAUUGGCGCGUGGGUGUUCCUACCUCACAAAAAUUCAACAGCUUCAGUUCAUGCAGCAAUUUCGAGGCUCUGCCUUCAUCGUAAGUUCUCGUGGGAAAAUUUUUUUCCACUUCGGCGAACGAUUGCAAGACUUCUUAUCUCGGCUCAGCCCCAAGCGUCUCCACCACGAUGGACGAUUCUAGCAAUGAUCACGGGGCGGCCACGGGAGAUGCUGUAACUCAAGCCCCGCCGAAGAGAGGACGUGGUCGACCUCGGAAGAAUCCCGCGCCAAGUACAGAGGCCCCUGUUAUCAAGCCCAAAGAAGCAAAGAGCAAAUCCACCAAGGAAAAUGGUCAAGCUACCAAGGAGACAAAAAAGGCAAAAGCCCCCAAAACCAAAGCACAACCACCAAAGAAGGAGGCCCCGCCUGAAAAAAAGAAAAGGGGAAGGAAACCCAAGCAGAAGCAACGAUCAUCUGAAGAGGAAGCUGAAACACCAAAUGAUGAUGCAUCCACAGAGGAGUCAUAGUUACCACAUUAGCAACCAUUGUUGUUAAGAAAGUCUUCAUUUCACAAGGCUUAUACUUCCUGUAAGCUUUACUAAUUUGGAGUGAUAUAUUACAUGAAGUUGUUUGAUCUGUUUCUGUAGAUUCUUGCAAAUUCACAUUACUUUAUCUAAUGACUUGAUAUUGAAGUCCCAAGGAUACCAGACUGCAUGUUGGACACCGUUGCAAUUGAUUUGCCUGUUUAUUGCAAACCCGAUCUCUAAAAAAAAAUUGUUAUUCAGGGUAACUUGCAAAGUUGAGAUGCUGCAUGUAUUUUGUUUUGAUACAGUUUGAUGUGUACUUCUUUGGCUGAAUCUGUAAGGAAUUUAGGUGGUAGAAAAUGGUUUGUUUCAAAAUUGAACUUGCAAAUUGUAUCCUGAAUUAUAUUUUUUUCAAUUUUGUGCUGAUUGAAAACUUCACCAACAUUGUUUAGAGCUUGUAUGGCUUCCUAUUACUUGUGUACUUCUUCCUUCCUCUAAAACACCCCAAAAACUUGUGGUGUACAAGUUGGAUAUAUUUUAGGUAUUAACCAAGUAUGCAAAUUCAACUUAGCGGGAAACUAUGAAACAAAAGAGUUUCUGUGUUGAAACCAGCAACUGCUGGCUGAAGUUCAUAAACGUGAAAGCCUUGAUUUCUUGCAUCAUGUUGAAAUUUUAAGUUACAAAAGCUAGGUCUUAAUUGGAACAAUUUUCUCUAAACAGACUGGGAAAUGGACUAGCAUCAAAUUAAAAAAUAUAUAAAAUGUCAGCAGAACCGGUACAUAGGUCUAUUUUGUUAAUAAAGUAAAAUUGUUUUCCUCAGAAAUGGA